CAGCUGGGAAUGUGUUUCCAUGGCCCCAGACAGCUGUGCACAGAUCCCCUGUGAGCAGGAGGCAGGGCAGUAAUGGCUCCCACUGAACAGCAAUGACCUGUGCUCCUGUUUGUGCUGGGACAACUGAAGGAAUGGCCUGAGUAGGUGUCAAGCCUGCUGACUGUGGCACUUGUGGGGGAGACUGGGUCCCAGGGAACUGAGUGCAACCUAGCAAUCCUUUCAGUCGUAUAUACAGGAAGAGAACAAAUCAUUCUGACUAAGAUGGAGUACGCCAUGAAGUCUCUGAGCCUCCUCUCCCCCAAGUCUCUCUCCAAGUGUGUGUCUGUGAGUGCUUCUAUGACCCAACAGCUUCUCUCUCGUCCUGCAUCUAAGCCCAGACCCUACAGGGUGUGCAACAAUGAUCGCAGUCUCAGGAAAGGCAUUAUGGCUGACAGUCUGGAGGAUCUAAUCAACAAGACUCUGGAUGCUCUGCUAUUGAAUGAAGCGAUUACUCUGGUUCUGGAUGAAGACGGGACAUGUGUGGACACAGAGGAAUUUUUCCGAUCUUUGGAGGAUGGCGCCGUUUUCAUGGCACUUGGAAAAGGACAGAAAUGGAAAUCUACAGAGAACGCCGGAUACCACUUAUCCCUCACCAAAAAGCCUCACAGAAAGAUCGACGUUGCCUGUUUCAGUUUCGACCUCUAUAAAAAUCACCCUCACGAUUUCAUUGGUUGCCUGAAUGUCAAAGCCACUUUAUAUGGAACCUACACAUUGUCGUAUGACCUGCAGUGUUAUGGAGCCAAGAGAAUGAUGAAGGAAGCACUACGCUGGACUCUAUACACCAUGCAGGCCACAGGACAUGUGCUUCUGGGGACAUCAUGCUACAUGAAACAGCUACUAGAUGCAACAGAAAGAUCAGUUCCAGAGGAGGAGAAAUCCAGCACAAGCUUAAGAGACUUUAUCCCAUUCUCCCCUUGGAAGAUGCUGCAGUAGAUUAACCUCUCUUCAUAUAUAAGAAGCUAUGGCCUAUUCCGAUUAUAUAUGUGAUGGCUAACAAGCUCUGCUUCAGCUGUGCCUAAAAGGAAUAUACCAUGGGGCUCUUUAAUGCCAACAGCCAGAUUUCUCUGGUAUUUACAUGCCUUUUAAUUCCAUGAUCUAUUAUUGGAUAAGGAAAGUAGGUCCCAAAGCAGCAUCCCGACACACUCCAGAUUUCCAGAGUGUUAUCUAUUUCACUCCAAGCAAUUUGUACAAAUUCAUAUCUCAAUAUCGGGUAUCCCCCUAUCCUCUUUAAUUCUGUUCCAAUACACAAUAAUUCACUGUCAGAGCAGAAUUCCACUUUUUAACCUCUUUUAUUUGGUUUUGGGACCAUUUGCACUGUUUUAUGUCAAAGUUCAUAGUAAUGUUAAGCUAUGAUUACUGAGCAAUAUUUUAUGGGCGUUGGGAAGAGUUUAAUAUACAUUUACUGCCCUCCACCCCUUCUUUAAGAAGGGCACGGGGCUCUUAUCACUUGUCUUUUAGCAUCACUCACAUAUGUAUUUUAAAACCAAGAGUCACAUACUGAGCAUGAAACCCUGUAGGACUCUUCAGCUAAGCAACGCAGGGAAAGUGUUAAUAAUAAGUAGUCUAUUACAAUAUGAAGAACAAUAUUAAAUGUAUUUGAUCCAGUGGAAACCUUUGCAAUGCAAUUAGCACCGUCUGUUACAUGUUCCAUAUACUGUGCUUUAUGGACUUUAGAAUUAGUAUUUAUAUUUUAAUAUUGUUAUAAACUUAAGUGUACCAUAUGAAUUAUAUCAUUAAAACACCUUUUUUCCCA